AUGUCGUAUAAUCGAUUAGAUCCGGCGGGCCAAGGCCAAGACGAUUAUUACGACAUGAACAAUAGACACAACUCGCCGCGUCCUCAAGGAUACCAACUGGAAGAUGCGCCAUAUGGAAGACAACCUAUUGGUUCACCCGGUCCUGGUAUUCCCAAUCUGGAGAUACCUAUGGGCCCUGGAGGACACAGAGUUGGAACACCAAGUGAUCAAUUACAGCCUCAGCCAUCUUAUUCCGUCGAGCAUAUAGAUCAAAGUCAAUACCAUCAGCGCAUGCCCCUAAAUCUCAGUCAAAGUUACGACUCGGGAUACUCUUUAGAUCCUAACGCACAUCAAGAUGCUUACUACCAACCUCCAUACCAACCAUCUCCUCAUGAAGAACAUCCUUUACAAAAUUAUCCUCAAGGGCAAGACCCCUACGGUUACAAUGACGAUGAUGACCAUCAACCAAUUCUACAGUCGCAUGAACCAUAUGGGCCAGAUCCACACACAGCCAGUGGUGCAGAGUAUAAAGGUUACGACGGAGCUGGACACUCUCCAUCUUCGACACCUAUACCUGCUUUAAGAAGAUACAAGACAGUAAAGGAAGUCCAGUUGUUCAAUGGAAAUCUCGUACUUGAUUGUCCAAUUCCCCCUAAGCUUUUAAGUCAAGUCAAUCAUGCACCGCCUCCCGAGAGAGAUGAAUUUACACAUAUGAGAUACUCAGCGGCAACAUGCGAUCCCAGCGAGUUUUUUGAGGAGCGUUUUACAUUGCGACAAAAACUCUUUGCAAAGCCUCGACAUACAGAACUCUUCAUUGUUGUGACUAUGUAUAAUGAAGAUGAUGUAUUGUUCGCCCGAACGAUGCAUGGAGUAUUCAAGAACGUUGAAUAUAUGUGCACUCGCAAGGAUAGUAAAACAUGGGGAAAGGAUGCUUGGAAGAAGAUCGUAGUGUGCGUUGUCAGUGAUGGACGUGCUAAGAUCAAUCCGAGAACCAGAGCUGUGUUGGCUGGUUUGGGAGUGUACCAAGAUGGAAUUGCGAAGCAACAAGUUAAUGGCAAGGACGUGACAGCACAUAUCUACGAAUAUACGACGCAAGUUGGCAUUGCUCUGAAGAAGGAUAUCGUUACACUCACACCGAAACAGCAGCCUAUUCAACUACUUUUCUGUUUGAAGGAAAAAAAUCAGAAAAAGAUCAAUUCGCAUAGAUGGUUUUUCCAAGCCUUUGGUCGGGUACUCGAUCCCAAUAUUUGUGUACUCAUUGAUGCUGGUACGAAGCCAGGAAAGGACUCGAUUUAUCAUCUCUGGAAAGCUUUCGAUUUGGAGCCUACUUGUGCAGGAGCUUGUGGUGAAAUCAAAGCUAUGUUGGGCCCAGGAGGAAAGAAUCUGCUCAACCCUCUGGUUGCUACCCAGAAUUUUGAGUACAAAAUGAGUAACAUUCUUGAUAAACCUCUUGAAUCGGCAUUCGGAUUCAUUUCAGUGUUGCCGGGUGCUUUCUCUGCAUAUCGUUAUGUUGCAUUGCAAAACGACAAAACUGGUAAUGGACCGCUGGAGAAGUACUUUGCAGGAGAGAAGAUGCAUGGAGCAAACGCUGGUAUUUUCACUGCCAAUAUGUACCUUGCUGAGGAUCGUAUUCUGUGUUUCGAAUUGGUAUCGAAGAGGAACUGUCACUGGAUCUUGCAGUACGUCAAGUCUGCUACUGGAGAAACUGAUGUACCGGAUACGAUGGCCGAACUUAUUUUGCAACGUCGAAGAUGGCUUAACGGAAGUUUCUUCGCUGCUAUCUAUGCUCUUGCUCAUUUCUAUCAAAUUUUCCGAAGUGAUCACAGCUUCUUACGGAAAAUCAUGUUCUUGAUUGAAUUCACAUAUCAAACUAUCAACAUGAUCUUUGCUUGGUUCGCUCUUGGUAACUUCUUCUUGGUCUUUCAUAUCCUGACUACUUCUCUCGGAAACUCUGACUUACUCGGAAAUGUCGGUGUGAUUCUUGGUGUUGUCUUCGAAUGGCUUUAUUUAUUCACGCUUUUGACCUGUUUUAUUCUGGCGUUGGGUAAUCGGCCUCAAGGAACGAACAAAGUUUACAUGUCUAUGGUCUAUUUCUGGAUUAUUAUCAUGAUAUACCUAAUGUUCGCUUCAAUUUUCAUCACGGUCAAGUCGAUACAAACUCAGCUUGCGAGAAACGAAUUCAACUGGACAGAUAUCAUCAAGAAUCAAAUCUUCUAUACUCUAAUCAUCUCUCUCGCCUCAACCUAUUUACUCUGGUUCAUUUCUUCCUUCCUAUUCUUCGACCCGUGGCAUAUGUUCACAUCUUUUAUUCAAUACCUCCUUCUUACACCAACGUACAUCAACAUUCUCAAUGUUUACGCUUUCUGUAAUACACACGAUAUUACUUGGGGUACCAAAGGAGAUGAUAAAGCCGAAAAACUGCCUUCCGCUGUUCUUAAAGCUGGUGGUAAAGUCGAUGUCAAUAUUCCCACCGACGAUGGUGAUCUCAACGCUCAGUAUGAAUCCGAGAUGCGCAAAAUCCAAUCAAAAGCACCUCCGGAGAAACGUGAAUUCUCAGCAGAAGAAAAGCAAGAAGAUUAUUACAAAUGGUUCAGAUCUUCGGUCGUCUUGUUCUGGUUGGUCUGUAAUUUUGCACUCACUAGUGCGGUAUUGAGUACAGCUGGACUGGAAAAUAUUGAUACUAGUACGGAUGAUACAACAAAGAGUACAAUCUACAUGGCGGUUGUGCUUUGGAGUGUAGCAGGAUUGAGUUGCUUUAAGUUUAUUGGCGCGAUGUGGUUUUUGAUUGUGAGGAUGUUUAGAGGUGUUUAA